ACGGUGAUUUACGUGGACCAAUGAGUGGAAAGAGCCACACGCCUUCAGAUGUAUGCGGGGACUGCUUGUGUGUUUACGUAGAUUAGCUCGAGCGACGACACGGGAGACGCGCCGUACCUGUCUGCAUCUCACCUUCAUCGUCGCGUCAUCACUGAAGCACUCGCCAUGAGGCUGACAUCCAGCCGUGCAGUCCUGGCUUUUCUCCUGCUGCUGCUGCUGCACUGCUGGCACAGCGGUCUCGCUCACAAGUCAGCCUUAACUGUGGUGGAGAAUACAGACGGAGGACAAGCAGUAGGUGGUGAUGAAGAGGAGGAGGCAACCGUUGACGAAGAUAAAGAUGAAGGCGAUUUAGAGGUGGUCCAGCCAACUGAGGACUGGCAUACACUCAGACCAGGCCAGGCAGUGCCAGCAGGUUCCCAUGUGAGGCUGAACCUGCAGACGGGUCAGAGGGAGGUCAGACUGGGAGAAGAGCAGCUUAAGUACUGGACACAGGAGCACAGUGAGAGAGGGGAGGUCAAGCCCUCCUUCAGUCCCGAUGAGCUCAAACGAGCCAUGAAGAAGAUAAAGGAGGACCUGAACUCCGUGAGCGGAGACGCGAAGCGGCAGGACUCAGUGGCUUCUAAGUAUCGUCCAAUUGAGGAGCUAAAGAGAGACAUGGCUCAGCUGGAGCUGCUGGUGGAGACCGACGUUCAGAUAAUGAGGCGCCUGCUAGAGCAGUUGAACAGCAGCAACUCGACCACAGAGCAGCGGCUGAGCGUCCUGCUGGAGCUGGAGUACCUGGUGCAUCAGGUGGAUAACGCUCAGACCCUCUGUUCGAUGGGGGGUCUCCAGGUCAUCUUACAGGGUCUGAACAGCUCUGACUUCAGAUUGCAGGAAAGCUCAGCCUUCGUCCUGGGAUCUGCUCUGUCCAGUAACCCUGUGGUUCAGGUGAAGGCCAUGGAGAGUGGAGCUCUGCAAACGCUCUUAACCAUACUGGCCACUGCACAGCCACUGCGAGUGAAAAAGAAGGUUCUCUUUGCGGUGGCCGCGCUCUUACGUCACUUCCCCUACGCACAGCGUCACUUCCUGUCACAUGGAGGGCUGCAGGUCCUGUCAGAGUUGUUCAGGGAAGAUGCAAGCGGAGUUCUGCGUACACGCGUUGUCACCAUGUUGUAUGACAUGAUAAGUGAGAAGGAGCUGAUCUCUCAGACAGGUCUGGACCCGGUUCUGGAUGCCUCCCACGAGGAGCGGGUGCGUCAGUACUCCAAAGUGCUCCUGCAGGCGGAGCUGCUGGAGAAGGGCUGGUGCAGUCUGGUCCCACAGCUGCUGGAGUCCGCUGAGCACGACUACAGAGAGAAGGCUCUGCGGGCUUUGCUGGCGAUGGCUCCUGUGUGUUUGGAGCAGUACCGCUUAGACAGCUCUCUGCUGGGCUCUCUGCUGUCUCUGAGGGACCAGUACCAGGAAAGUGUCCUUUCGGAAAUGAUUCUAGGAGAGGAGAACGGCUACUUUGCGGAGAUCGUAGAACUGAUAGACGCGCUACAAGUCAAAAUUAAAUGACAGCAGGACCAUAAGGUGACAUUUUACAUGGCCAUUCAAUGCAGAGAGGAGAAUGACCAACCACAGAACGACAGACCCCUGAAGACAAGAGUCUAAUGCAUACACGUCAGGGACGAGGGAUGCACCUAGCUGGGCUGACCCUGUGGGCAUCCGUAAGCUUGGGCAGUAUCAACUUAACCAGCUUGAAUUUAAUUGGUGGCCUUGGGACGCUUUCGAGGGGGAGAAUAUUGGAACAGCGAUUUAUUUUUUUGUGGUUGUUUUUUGUGGAGUUGAUAAAGAUUUUUUUUA